CCUUAGGAUAAAUGCAUUGAUUUUUGUCUGCAGUGGACUGUCAGAAGAGGAAUCCUGACUUUCUCUACGUUAUGGGGUUGAUAUACUAUAAACUAUCAAAAUACUUGAGUUUAGUGUGUGUUAAUGAUGUAAACUGAAAAUUCAGUCUGUUUGGAACUGCGGCUUUCGAGAAAUGCAACAGGGAGAUGGGGAAGCAUGGUCUCGAGCAGAGGAAAAUUUUCACAGCUUGUUUUACUGUAAGGUUGAGCAAUAACAAGGACUUGGAGGAGAAAGUUGCACAUUCCUUUACAAGUGCUAAGGCGCCCAUCUGCCAUCAGAUGACUUUCUUCCUGACUGAGAUACACUUGUGGUCUUUGAAGACUACCUUACAUAUUAGAGAUGAAGAUAUUGGGACUCACCAGUACUAUGACAAGAAAGAACCAGCAUCGCAGAUGAAGCAUGGUUACUUAGAAGACAAGCAAAAGCUAGCAGAAUCUCGAGAUUAUCCUUGGAUACUUAAAAACAAACGGCCAGAAAAACUGCGAGGUGCUCUCAAGGAGGUAGAGGACUUAAUGCAAAACAGUCAAUGUGUGCUGAGCAAAUGGAAGAACAAACGUAUCUGUCAGCUCCUCUUUCAUUCAGGAAUAUUGGUGUCCCUAAGCCUUUCUGGGCCACAGCUGGAGAAAGUGGUGAUUGACAGGACCCUGGUGGGGAAGCUCAUCUCCAACACCAUCAGUGAUGCUGUUCUUGCAGACAAUUUCAUCAUCUUGUCAUUUGAGGACCAUAACCAACUCUGCUUCAUUCAGUUUACAAAGAAGAUGGGUUCUCCUGAUGAAAACAGAAGGCUGGAAAAACUCUCUUGUUUGGAUUUUAAGAUUUCUUAUAUUGAUAUACCUGGACCAGAAGGUAGAAGGAUGAAACGUCACCUGGCAAUAAACUGUAUGCAAGACAUGGUCAUUUGCUGGUGGUCAGCAGCUAGUGAUGGAGCAUGGCCUUGGUCUCCUAUUUCCUCUGAGAGGGACAGAGCCAACCUUUUGCUAUUAGGCUGUGCACAUGGCAAACUGGAGGUUCAGAGUUACGUCCGUACGGAAUGGGAUCUACUCGAUGCUAGCUUCAGCACCAAGGAGCCUUAUCGGGUUCACAUAGUCGAGCACUCCAUCUCCGCAGACAAAGAGCCCAUGGCUGACAGCUGCGUCUACGAUUGUGCUAGGAACAAAAUUCAGUGUGUGGCAGUCACCAGAAUACCACUGCCAUCAAACGCCAUCAGCUGUUGCAGAAAUGUUACAGAAGACAAACUAGUCCUGGGUUGUGAAGAUUCAUCAGUAAUUCUGUAUGACGCCUACAACCAAGUGACUCUGUUAGCCCAAGCAAAACUAUUGCCUGCAUUAAUGACUUACCACCCUUCUGGGGCCAUAUUCGUGGUUGGCAGCUCUCAAGGGGAGCUGCAGCUUUUUGACACAGCACUGUCCCCAGUUAAAAUUCAGCUGCUGGCAGAAGAGUUUUCACCUGAGGCAACUUUGCAAUUCAGCAAACACUUUGAUGCGUCUAGCAGCCUCGUCCAGAUCCACUGGGCUGCUGCUCAAGGUGCAUCUCCCUGCACUGAUGGCACAGAUAUCCAUGAUCUUUUGUUGGUUAGAUUUGACAAAGGACCCUUAGGAGUACUUCACUUUAAACUAGGUGUGAUCAUGAGAGGACAGCUGGGCCUUGUGGAAAUCAUCCACCAGUACAUUCAGUAUGAUGAGGUACACGAGGCAAUUAAUGUCCUGAACACCAUGAACUGGAACAUGAUGGGUCAUCAGUGUUACAUAUGCUUGAGUGCCAUUGUCAAUCACCUUCUUAAACAAAAGCUUACACCAGACAGAGAAGCACAGCUUGAGGCAAGCCUUGGAACCUUUUAUGCUCCAACAAGACCCCUCUUGGAUACAACCGUGCUGGAGUACAGGGACCCCAUCAGCAGAUAUGCGAGAAGGUUCUUCCACCACCUCCUCAGGUAUCAGAGAUUUGAGAAAGCAUUUCUGCUAGCUGUUGACAUAGGUGCUCGGGACCUGUUUAUGGACAUCCAUUACUUUGCAUUAGAUAAGGGUGAAUUGGCACUAGCUGAAGUGGCAAAGAAAAAGGCUAAUGACAUUGAUGCAGAAUCAAUAACUACUGGAAUUGGACUUCUGGGGCAGUCAGAAGAAGAAGACACGCCAUGCGAAGCUUUUGUCGACCGGCCUCCAGCGCAUGGAGGAGAGCACGACGUGCCCGCUCCUGGCCCGUCCACCAGCCCACCGGCACGGAGCUGCUCCCGCAGACCCGCUGGCAGCAGACAAGCAGAGGACAGGGAUGGGAGGUCUGGAGCCGGUGACCAUGCCACCUCCCUGGUGGAGAAGCCCUUUCCUGGGAGCCAGGAAGGGAUCAGGAGGCAGCAGCUCACUGCACCUCGUGCACCUGGGGCUGGUGUGACCACCUGUGGACCACCUUGGCUGUCAAAGCAUGGCAGGGAGCACCUCACUGGUGAAGCUCAUGGCAAGUCCUUCGGAGAACUUCCAGCCAGCCUGGACCAGGAGGUGAAGCCCCAGUGAAGAAGGAGACCUCCCAUUGAGCCCUGACUUUGUGUCAGCGUGUCCUUGCCCGGAUUGCCCCACAUCCUCGUGGAGGACUCUGUGGUGGCAUCACCCCCGGGUCCUUCACAGGCAUUAAAAAUAAGAGUAACUGUGGCUCCCUGCUUAUGGUGUGACACUGAAAGGUUUGGGUUGGUUUCAUUGAGCAAAUCAUAAAACUUCUUGGGAGAAAUUCUGGCGGUCUGGCCGCAUUAUAUGUUUUAGCAAUCUUCACUCAGAAGCAGAUUUGAAUUUCCACUUCAGGCUCUGAAAAACCGCUCCAUUGAGAUACCAGCAGAUAACAUCCCCACUCAGGAUGCCUCUGUGAAAGAG